UGGGGAUAGGGCAAAAGACCCAAAAGAUUCAGGGCAUCUUUGUAAUGUUAAUUCGAUUUUGAAAUUUUGACAAAAGAGGAUGUAUUUGCAAAACCAGAAAGUUUAAGCCACCGAAGCCGCAGCAGGAAGGUCUGAGUAUCGAUUUGGAAUGUCUCAGGUUUCGUUUCGUGUUGAGAUGGUCGGAUUUGUGAAAGUUCUUAGUUUGUAGUGUUCUUGUGAUCUGGGCAUCUUGAAAUUGGUGAGAUUUGAUUUGGGUGCUCUGCGUUACAUGAAGAUCUUUGGGGUUUAGAGGUGAACCCAUGAUUGGCUUGAUUUUUUGGAGCUAUUGUUUUACCAGCGUUACUAUGUUAGCAUCUUAAUCCCUGAAUUAUUGAAUUUAGCGUUUUAAACUGCUGAACUGAAGGAUUAAGAAAAAAGAACAGAACUGAAGUAUUUGCAGAAAGGAAGUAGAAGGUAUUUUGAAUUUGUUCAAGAUGGGAAUGCCAUUGCAUUAUGAGAUCUUGGAGAAACCAGCUACAACUUGUAUGAUAGGGAUAUGCAGCGCAAUAUGGUUUUAUUUACAGAAAAAGAACAUUGGUUAUUCACAUGUCGGCUUAAGUUAUGAGACUGCUAUUGAAGGGCACCAUUGGAGGAUAAUUACUUCAGCUUUUUCACAUAUUAGUGUUAUUCAUCUGGUUUUCAAUAUGAGUGCACUCUGGAGUCUUGGAGUUGUAGAAAAAUUGGGGAACAUGGGCCUUGGGGUCACUUAUUAUCUUCACUAUACACUUAUCUUGGUAGUCUUUUCUGGUUUGCUCGUUUUAGGGAUGUAUCAUGUAUUAAUACAAAGAUUCAAGCUUGAGUAUUUCCGUAGAGUCACAGCAGUUGGAUAUUCUUGUGUCGUCUUUGGGUGGAUGACGAUUCUCUCUGCAAAGCAGCCAUCUUCAAAAUUGGAUCUAUUUGGAUUUCUUUCACUUCCUAUUAGUUUUGCACCUUUUGAAUCACUUGUAUUUACUUCCAUUAUUGUACCACAAGCUAGUUUCCUGGGGCAUUUAUCAGGGAUCAUUGUUGGGUACGCUAUAGCUUGGGGAUUGAUUCAUGGGAUGAACAAUUUCUGGGCAAUUUCAAUGCUGGGAUGGAUUGUGGUUGCAUUUGUCCUCAGUUUGAAGCGAUCUGGUGCAUAUGAUUUUGACUUUAUUGAAAUUGAAUCAGUUACAGAUCCGUCCUUGCCUUCUGUGCGGUUCAUUGGAAAUGGUAGAACCUUGCAAAUGAGUGCACUACCAGUUGGCAAUGUUGAACUUGUGUAACUUUCCUGUCAAGGUCUAUGCCAUUUUGGGGUAGUCAGCUUUACAGACUCUGAAGUCAUUAUAUGCUGAAACUAUGCGGUUUUAUCUUCCCAACUAGUUGUUUAUGCUUGGAGCUUCUAGGAUGCUUGUGACCAUCAAAGUAACCAGUUCAGCUACAAUCUUUUGAAUGUAAGAGGACCUAAUGUGUGCUGUUAUUCUGUUACCUUCUCCUGUUGUAUGUGAGAUUAUGGUUUAUGGUCAUCAUUGUUGUCCUGUGAUUGUUGUUGUAUUACUGAACAACUUUUGCUUUUUAAUUUAAAUUUGUUUGUUAAGAAAUCUUGAUACUCCGAUUCUUUUGAAUACCUAACAUGUUAUAAUUUCA